AUGUUAUCGCCGAAGGUUUACACCUGGCUGUGUGGUUUCUUCGCCGCACUAGGCUCAGUUACGUUUGGCUAUGACCUUGGUAUCAUCGCUUCUGUCCUUCCUUCGGAAGACUUCAAUCGCGUUACGGGAAACCCAGAUGCAACCAAGCAGGGCCUCAUAGUCGGUUGCCUCCUCUUGGGAGCCUUCGCCUCCAAUAUCUACAUCGGCUCGCUCGCAGACCGGGUCGGCAGACGCGCCGCUAUAGUUGCGGGUUGCAUCAUCUUCCUGCUCGGUGGAGGCAUUCAGACCGGCGCGCAGAGUAUCAGACACAUGUAUGGCGGACGAUUUCUCGCAGGGAUGGGUAUCGGCAUGCUUGCGAUGCUUGCACCCUUGUACCAGUCUGAGAUUGCGCACCCGAGUAUAAGAGGACGGCUGACUACGCUGCAGCAGUUCAUGCUUGGUAUCGGGACGUUGAUUGCGUCCUUUAUUGGAUACGGUUGCUUUCACGGGCUAACGGGGCAGGCGCAGUGGAGGGUUCAACUUGGCAUCCAACUAUUGCCUGCAAUUCCCCUCGCUUUCUUUAUUCUUCUACUUCCUGAAUCGCCAAGGUAUCUUGCGAUGAAAGGCAAAAGUAAAGAAGCCCUGGAAGUUCUCGCGCGACUACAUUCUCAUGGUGACAUCGACGAUCCAUUCGUCGUGGCAGAACAUCGAGAGAUUCUGGAACAGGUUAGGAUCGAGCAAGAAGAGACUCGAAGCGCAUGGGUGCAGCUCUUUACAGACAAAAGCAACCUGCGUCGCCUUCUGCUCGGCGUUUCCUUGCAAUUCAGUGUUCAGAUGACAGGUGUUAGUGUCAUCCAGUAUUACUCUCCACAAAUCUUUGCGUCUAUAGGUAUAGACACCUCCACGACGCUGGGACUGCAAUCGGGAAACUCCGUCAUCGCGCUCAUAGGAGAAGCCCUAUGCAUUUGGUUCAUCGACCGCCUUGGACGCCGCGGGCCGCUCGUAUGGGCAAAUGCAAUCUCAGGUUUUACCUUCGUUAUUGGGACCAUCUUGAUUAAGCUCUUCCCCGCCGGAUCUAACAACACGAAUGCCAGCCGGGCAUUUGUAGCGAUGACAUGGCUAUUUAAUCUGGUGUUCUCUUCCGGUAUCGGUCCGCUGAGCUGGGCUAUCCCUGUUGAGAUGUUCAACACUGCUACACGAGCCAAGGCAACCGCAAUAACAUCAUCUGCGGCCUGGAUAUCAAAUUUCAUGAUAGCCCAAGUCACCCCUCCGGCAUUUGCGAGCAUUGGCUGGAAGUUCUACCUUGUGUUCGCUAUUUGCGGCUUUACGAAUGCGCUGUUCUUCUGGGCGUUCCUGCCUGAGACGCGUGGCAUCCCUCUCGAAGAGUUGGACGAUUACUUCAACCGUGUGCCUCUGUUUGUUCCGGGCUCGCACUUCGAAUUGAAGGCCCCAGAUGCACGUGAAGAAGAGCUUCGACGCGGCCGCGUCAUCGUUGGCGGACAUGAAGACGAUAUUGGAAUUGACGAAGAACUCAAAGAAGACAAGGUGUAAUGUGGCGUGAACACACGCGCUGCUGCGUGGAGUAGCUCUCUUACCGCCUGUGUCUCUCCGUGGUAUACACUAUAUAUUGAAUUCAUGCAUGGUAUUGAACCCCUGUCGAUCGUAGAGCCACUCGAGGUGCGUGGCAAUCGAUCUAAUUCGAGGGUAUCG